GUGGGUCGACACAUGCAGCGUAUCAUUUAACGCUGACUCAAAUUACAACACUUGAGUCAGUAACAAAUUAUUUAUGUUCUACUUCUUGGGCGACCUUCUUGUGGCCCACAUUCUGUGACACUUUGAAGUCAGCAGUUGCUUUCCGUGUUGUGUUUAACACUGACCCUCUUUGAUGGGUACCAGAUGUUGACAAACAUGCACCAAGCACUUUGUUAUAUUCAAGCGACCACCGAAAGAGUACUCGAUGGUAAAUAACCAAAAAGUAGGUGUGGCUUAUUAGCCAUCUUGUUCUAGGAAUUCACCACAGCCAACAAGGCUUAAGUUUAAGUUAGCAAUAAGUUUGAAGUUAAAAUAAAGAUCAUUCCUAGUUCCACCGUCAACCGUGUUAGAUGUCUCAUUUGUAUCACCUUACCCUCCUUACAUAACAUGGCGAUCCUGCCAGCUCUAACAAAAGUUUUUCUUUGUCGGGAAUUCAAAGCUUAAAGUGAAGACUAAAAGUGAAUGAAAUAUUCACAACAGUGAUUUAUGCCAGUGUAGUGAAUUGUAAAGUAGCAAAAGCAUUAAAAUGAGUUGGUUUAACAGUGAAGUGAAUACUGUUAAAAUUACAGAUCAUGUAAGCGCCAUCGCGCUUGUGGUACUAGCUGCAGCAGCAAUAAUUUACAUGCUGGGUAAAUUUUUUGCCAAACACGUGCAAAGAACGGCAACGGCCGCCGCGAGUCGUGAGACUAGGUUGAAUAAUAUCGCUACGCAGCGAUAAGUGAACAUUGAUUUAAACAAAGAGAAGAAAGUUUGUGAAUAAACAUUUAAAAUCAAAUUGAAGAAAAAAAAAAAAAUCUGUAAAAAAAAAAAGCAUGAUGAACAUGAAGAGUGAAAGUGAAAAAUUGAAAAUUAAUAUCUAAAAAAAAAGGAAGCAGGAUGAACACAAAAAGUGAAAGUGAAAAAUUGAAAAUUAAUAUCUAAAAAAAAAAUUUUUGUGAUGAUGUUGAUGACAAAAAAUAUCACAACAGCAAGAGGAGCGUCGGUUGUGAGUACGGUCCGUACUACCACAAUCCGGAUGUAGACUCUAUCCUGAAAACAAGAGAAAUAAAACAAAUCAGGGAAGCGCCGGUUGUGGGAACGGUCGGUUCCGUCACAACCCGGGUUGCAGGCCCUUGGCAAUUCAACAAGCAUCAAACAUCAAAUGAGCAGGAGAGCAAUGGUUGUGAGAACGGACGGUUCUGACACAAGCCAUAUGCAGAUCCUCAAGGCGAACACCAUCAAUAACCAACCAACAUCUCAUCGCAGAAGGGAAGCGUCGGUUGUGGGAACGGUCGGUUCCGUCACAACCCGAUAAGCAGGCCCUGGGAAAAUGAUUGGAUCAAAUGGAGAUGUAUGUCCGAAUCAUCAAAGCGUGAGAAUACUUUAAAUGGAACUACAUUUUGAAAAAUUAUCAAAAAUAUUAAAUAAUUUAUCAAAAGCCCCAACUAGGAGGUAUAGAAAUAGUACAUUAAUUGCCAAAUUACACGAGGCUAAACAAGUAUAUAAUGCAGCAAUAAUCGAGAUAGAACUCUAUAAGGAGUCGGAACAAUUACAAUUAUUGAAGAAUUUAAGAUAUCUCUACGGAGAAGCAUAUACAAAACUUACGGCACGGCUCGAUAAUAAUAUUGAGCCGCUUUCUUUUAAAAAUUUAGUGAACGUAAUACUAACAAUUAAUAAGCUAUACAGAAAGGUAAAAAUGGCGAAUACAUUAGAUUUGUCAUUAGCUAUUCGCGUCGUGGGUAAAUACGACGGCGACGCAGCCGAGUUGGAAAACUGGCUCAACGACGUGACGGUUCUCCGAGCGGGGCAACCAACUGUCGAUGAAGCGGUGUUUGUUCAAUUUAUGAACAACCGUUUAACUGGUGCUGCCCGCGGUGAAUUAACGGGAAUAGCUACCAUUAUAGAAGCACGAAAUACCUUAAGAUCGCGAUUUGGGAUUAAAUUAACCCCAGUUGCCGUGACAGCCGAGUUACGGGGGUUGAAACAAAAAGGCAAAUCUUUAGUCGAUUUCGGGAAUGAAAUCGAGAAAGUGGCAGCUAGGCUAGCCGCAGCGUGGGUAUCGAAACAACCACAACUUUUCCCAACUGAGGCAGCCACGCGGCCCAUAGUCGAACCAAUUGCUGUAGAAGCUUUUAUAAAUGGUCUUAAGGAUCAAUCGAAAGUAUUGCAAAUGCGGUCAAGGAAUCCGGAAACCUUAACCAAAGCAUUGUCGGAUGCUCUGGAGAUACAUGCGCAGCCCAUGCCCGAGGAAGUCAUGUGGACCUAUGCCAGUUAUAGUAACCCAGGUUUCCGAGGCCGAGGCCGAGGAAAACGUAAUAAAAACAGAGGAAAUCGUGGUUAUCAAAAUAACCAAAAUAGAAACUAUGAACAACAAAAUGGUAAUCAGCAAGGUUACAAUAACCAGCAGCAGCAAGGCUACAACUCGAAUCGAGGCCACCGUGGAAAUCGAGGUUACCAACAUAACCGAGGAGGUGGUAAUCGAGGAGUUGCUAACGUGGUAUCAAACCAGAUCCUUCGAAAAUUGAAAUAAUUAAAAAAUGGAGCAGCCCUAAAACGGCUGAUGAAGUAAAGAGAUUUGUAGCUUUUUCUAAUUACUAUAGAAAGCACAUCAAAAAUUUUGCCAAACUUUGCAGUCCUUUAAAUAGACUAACAAGAAAAGGUGUAGAUUUUGAGUGGUCGGAAGAAUGUGAAAACAGUUUCCAGCAUUUGAAAAAUUGUUUUAUUACUCCACCAAUAUUAGAUUAUCCAGAUUUUUCGGAUAAAAACACAUUUACUUUACACACAGAUGCAUCAGGAAAAGCUAUUGGUGCUGUUUUAAGCAACCAAAAUGGUAGACCUAUUGCAUUUGCGAGUAAAGCAUUGAAUAAAGCUGAGAUAAACUACAGCACAAUUGAAAAAGAACUACUUGGAGUGGUUUGGGCAAUCAGACAUUUCAGACCAUAUUUGUAUGGGAGAAGAUUUGAUGUUUAUUCAGACCACCGUCCUUUAGUUUAUUUAUUCACAUUAACUGACCCUUCGAGUAGAUUAACCAAAUUUCGGUUAGCACUCGAAGAAUAUAAAUUUGAUGUCAUAUACAAAAAGGGAUCAGAAAACGUGAUAGCGGACGCGUUGUCACGUAUUUCUAUUGAAGAUCUCCAGGCACUUACGCCUCAAAUAAAUUUUGUGUGUACAAGAGCACAAAAUAAAAAUAAAAUUAAAUCAGCUGAGAAAAAUGAAGAUAAAAGUAAGGUUGCAACAGAUUACAUACAAAUCCAAAUUGGAAGUAAUGAAAAUGAAUUUAAGAUUGAGGAUGGAACUCUGAUUAUUAACCCUAAAACGUCAAUAUCUCACCUACGGGGAGUAUUGAAACGACUAGUGGUGUUUACAGAAAAGAAUCCGAUAAAAGGCCUAGUCGUGCAAAAUACGCAGACAUAUAAAAAAAUAAAAGAGCAAAUAGAAGCUCUAAAGAUAAAUGGUAUACCACCUAUCAUUGUAAUAGGAAAUGAAAUAAAACAUGUUGAAAAUAAAGAUGAGCAACAACUUAUCAUUAAUAAUUACCACAUAUUGCCAACUGCAGGGCAUGCUGGUAUAAAACGAACACAAAAUACCAUCAAACAAAGAUAUUACUGGAAAUCCAUGGACCAGGAUAUCUCAAAUUUUAUUAAAAAGUGUGUGAAAUGCCAACAAAAUAAGUCUUUCCGCACAAAAGUACCUAUGACAAUGACAAGCACAGCAAAAACUGCUUUUGAAAAAAUAUUUUUGGAUAUUGUUGGUCCAUUAUUACCAGACGCCUACGGGAAUCAGUACAUACUGACUACCCAGUGCGAUCUGUCAAAAUUCAUAACUGCAACGCCAAUUAUUGACAAGUCAACAAAUGCAGUGGCCAAAGCAUUUGUUGAAGCAAUAAUUUUAAAUUAUGGCGUUCCCGACCAAAUAUUGACGGACAGAGGUACAGAAUUCAUGUCCUCUGUUUUCACAAAAAUUUGUGAUAUGCUGAAAAUUGAGAAACUCAAUUCAACAGCAUAUCACCAUGAAACAAUUGGAGCGUUAGAAAAUUCGCAUAAAGUGCUUGGGAAUUUUCUACGAAUCCAAACAAAUAAUUCUUAUGGAUAUUGGUCUGCUUGGGUGCCGUAUUAUAAAUUCGCUUAUAAUACAACUGUGCACAGCGCAACCAGUAAAACUCCGUACGAGUUAGUAUACGGAAAAUUGUGCAAUCUUCCAACUGAGUUACAAGGAAAAACAGAAAUAAGUCCUGUGUAUAACAUAGAUGACUAUUCUGCUAUUCUAAAAUUUAAAAUUCAAACAUCGCAAAAACAAGCACGCGAUUGUUUACUAAAAGCCAAACAAAACCGAACAAAAAAAGACACAAACAAAACUGA